GCGGCGCGCGCCGCGCCACUUGUGUGCGCGCACGUGUGUACGUCAGUGUGCGUAUGGGAGAUUUUUCGGUUUUUGAAUAAAACACACAAUGGUGGUCUCGCAGGAGGUGCUCUCGAGGGCGGAGGAGAUCGCCGACCGGGUAAUUCGCCACGGUAAACAUGUGCUUCCAACUUUAGCACGAUUAUGUCUCAUUGCUACCUUCCUAGAAGAUGGCUUGCGAAUGUGGUUUCAAUGGAGCGAACAACGAGAAUAUAUGGAUGCAUCAUGGGGCUGUGGAAAAUUUCUAGCCACUAUCUUCGUCCUUGUAAAUCUCCUUGGACAACUUGGAGGCUGUGUCAUGGUGAUUGGUAGAUGGCGAGUCAGCAUAGCCUGCGGCGUUUUAUUCUUCAUAGUGAUCCUGCAGACUAUUGCGUACAGCAUCCUAUGGGACAUGCAAUUCUUAUUCAGAAAUUUGGCGCUAAUUGGAGCGCUUCUACUGGUGCUGGCGGAGUCGCGAGUCGAGGGUAGAUCACUCUUUGCUGGUGUGCCCAGUCUUGGUGAUAACAAACCGAAGAAUCUGCUGCAAUUGGCUGGUCGAAUUCUGUUGGCGUUUAUGUUUGUGACACUGAUUCGCUUCGAGAUAUCUUUCCUACAAAUUCUUCAAGACAUCGUCGGCAGCAUCCUUAUGGUACUGGUGACAGUAGGCUACAAAACUAAGUUGAGCGCAUUACUACUUGUCCUCCUAUUGACUGCUUUGAACUUCUACCAUAACGCAUGGUGGACAAUUCCUGAUUAUAAGCCGCUUAGGGAUUUUCUCAAAUACGACUUCUUCCAGACACUUUCAGUCAUUGGAGGACUCCUGAUGAUAGUCUCUCUAGGUCCAGGUGGAGUAUCGAUGGACGAACAUAAAAAGGAAUGGUAGAAGCGAUCCUAUUAUGGUGGAUACAUCAUCAGGUUGUUGUCACAAAAGUUGAAACGGAUUACUGUCUCCCAUUCCUAUCCCUUUGUACGCUCAAAGAAAUCCUAAACAAAUCAUUGUGUGUUAAACGACAAGAAAUUCAAUACGUCGAUAUCACCGGCCCAAAACAAUCAUUCUAUGUGACUAAUUGAUUUGUCGAGAUUCAUAUUUUAUCAUUAUGACGAAAAUAAUCGAAAAGAGAAGCAAAAAGGAAAAUACAUGCAUACAGACUAUAUUACUGAUAAUGGCAUUGUACAUAUGACACUGCAUCUAAUAUGGAUAAUGUAUUUUUUUCCAUGUA